UUAAAAAUGGAGAAGCUGUGUUUGCCAUCCUUGGCCAACAUCUAAAACAGCAUUCAAGAAUUAAGAUGGUUUUUGUAGAUGAUUCCUAUCCUCAACUUUCCCCUUCAUCUUCUCUCCGCGACGUAGAUUACAGCUGUGGUUCUUGUGGGUAUGUUCUCAAUUUGAAUUCCAGCAAUCGUAAUACCUCUGUAAUCGGUUCCAAGAGCUACGGAAAAUCAAUCAAAAAGGGCAUCAUUUCUUUCAUCUCCAUAGACGAGACACGGUUUACUCAAAUCGAACAACUUAAGUGUAAGCCUUUUUUUGAAUCGCCUCGUUCAUGGGGAUUCUUCCAGAGAAGAACUAAGCUUUUAUGCCGGAAGUGUGGCAAUUACGUCGGAAAUGCGCAUAGUUUGAGCACUUUCGACAAUUCUCCUUUGAAGCACAAAGAAGUAUCUCCUGAUUCAAUAACUUCAAUAGGAUGGAAUGGGAUUUCUGAUGCAAGGACUUACGAUAUCAGGAUUCGCGCUCUUCAGCCUUCUUCUUGUAACGAAUCAAAUAUGUUCAACAACGUCCUGAUAUGA